AUGGUCACUGUAAACGGAACAUUUAAUAUAAUUCGAGUAGGAGGACGAUUGACCAAUGCACCAAUAGGCUUUGAUGCAAAAUUUCCAGCUUUACUGCCACGUGAUCAUCGGUUUUCUCAAAUUUUUGUGGAAUACUUACAUCGUAAACAUAUGCACGUUGGCCCUAAGGUUUUAAUUAGUAUAAUACGAUCUCAAGUGUGGAUAAUUAAUGCUCGGAAAGUAGUUCGAAAGGUAGUGCGUAACUGCGUUCACUGUUUCCACUAUAAACCGAAACUGUUACAACAAAUUAUGGGCUCGCUGCCAGCGGAUCGAUUAAUUGUGAACCGACCUUUUCUAAUAUCAGGAGUUGAUUUAUGUGGACCAUUUUAUACAACGUAUCGUAUUCGUAGUAAAGUCCCAUAUAAAACUUAUAUAGCAAUUUUUGUUUGCUUUUCGAAAAAAGCAGUUCACACUGAAUUAAUAUCAGAUUUAUCCACCAAUAAUUUCAUUCUAGGCCUAAAACGAUUCAUAGCACGUCGUGGACUGCCGCAGCGCAUUUAUUGUGACAAUGCAACAAAUUUCACUGGUGCGCAGUCACUAUUAAAUAAAUUUAAAGAACAAUUUUUCAGUCAGCAAGGGCUUAGAGAAAUGCUAGAGUACAGCAACAAUACUGGAUUUGAGUUUAAGUUCAUUCCGCCAAGAGCACCUCAUUUUGGUGGACUUUGGGAGGCGUCGGUGAAAUCUCUCAAAACAUUAUUAUUAAAAAAUUUGGCGCAAUCUAGCCUAACUUACGAAGAAUUACAAACCGUGAUUAUUGAAGCUGAAGCGAUUUUAAAUUCCCGGCCGAUAAUCCCUGAAAGAAAUUAUACAGUACAUACAACAUAUCAUAAUUAUCACGUUGGCAACGUGUUACGUACUUAA